GGUGGCAGGUCAUGUGAUGUUUAAGCCAUAGCUGUCUGGAAGCUGCUGCUAAAUUGGAGUUGAAUCUCAGAGCACGACACUCACUCUCUCUCUCUUUCCAGAGGAAGACAGACCCAAAACCACCCGGACAGGAUGUCUUACGGAUCCAUCGAUGGAGGCGCCUUUGGAGGCAGCCGAAACCCCUUCAGAGUCCCCAAGAGGCAGGGCUACCAACCAGUAGCAACACAGGUCAGCUCCUCAGAGCUGCAAGACGUGUUUCAAGAGACCUCCUCCAACAUUUUCCAGAUCAACGCAAAUGUUGUAACAUUAGAGAAGAGUCUUCAAUCAUUAGGAACGACCAGAGACACUGCUGAACUGCGACAGAGCCUACAUUCUAUACAGCAGCAAACCAACAAAGUCAUCACCAGCACCAGUCAACUCAUCAAACAACUCUCUGACAUCAUCACUGGCUCUACACGGCAAGAUCGUCUUCGCCUGACUAGACUUAAGACAGAACUCUCAGAGUCGGUUCAACGCUAUGGAGAUCUGCAAAAGAAAAUUGCAGACCGUUCGAGGGCCUUGCUACCCCCGGCACAGACAGAAAUGAAGCAGAGUCCCCAGACUCCAUUUUCAGAGCUGUGUGAGGAGGGGGGUCCCCUGUUUGGCGGUGCAGCAGAGAGCUCCGAGAAGGAUGGACAGGAGCAAGCGUUCCUCUCAGAGAUCAGUGAGGAAGACGUGGAGGCCCUUCGCCAGAGAGAAGAGGCCCUGCUGCAGAUUGAGAGGGACAUGUUGGAUGUCAGCCAAAUCAUGCGAGAUCUGGCCAGUAUGGUGCACGAGCAGGGAGAUGCCAUAGAUAGCAUUGAGGACCACAUUCAGACCACCACAUCCAACGUGGAGUCAGCCAAUCAGGAGCUAGCAAAGGCCAGCCAUCACCAGAGGGAGAUUAGGAAGAGGAAGUGUUACAUGCUGGUUGCGGGAGGCUUCAUCCUCACCCUCCUCAUAAUCAUCAUCGCUGUGUCUGCAAGAAAAUGAAACCAGAACCCCAGAGGUAGCUGCAGUCAUAGUGCUGUGACCUCUCUGCUUCUUCCCCACCGUACCGCCUGACCCCUGACCUGUACCAGCUGUCUCAGACAGGAGGAGCCUGCCCCACACCAACACCUCUACUUCGUCAUGGCUGUCCCUCCUUGGUUAUGUAGUUAGAUAUUUGGUGUGCGCAGGUAUAUGAGUGUGUGUGUGUGUGUGUGUGUGUGUGUGUGUGUGUGUGUGUGUGUGUGUGUGUGUGUGUGUGUGUGUGUGUGUGUGUGUGUGUGUGUGUGUGUGUGUGUGUGUGUGUGU